AUGGCUAUCACCACUGUCGCAACCACCACCACCACCACCGCAGUCAUUGUUGUCGCCGCCACCACCAUCGACAUCGCCGCUAGCCCCAGCAUCACCACCACCUUUACCACCACCCACUUACGCCCUUACUACCACCCCUACCACUACCCCCACCGUCACCACCACCACCACAGCCAUUGCCAGCAUCAUCACCAUCACUGCCACUGUCGCCGCCGCCACUCCUACCACCACCUUUACCACCUCACUCCCAUCGCCACCUUUACUACCUCACUCCCACCGCCACCACCACCACCACCCCCACCUCCUCCACCACUACCUCCCCACAAUCACCCACAAACCACCAUUGCCAUCACCACCACCAUCACCCCUAAACAUUUUGUUUUUUGA